GCUCCGCUUCCGGGUCAUACAGUGCAGUUCCGGCGUUGCCAGCAGCAGUGGAGGAAAAAUCUGCAAACAAAACAAUAAAAAUAACUAAUAAAUACACUUGAACCUGCGAUUAACUCACCUGUCAGGAACCUUCAGUGUUUGGUUUGAUUGGAGCUGCUGUUGGUCUGCAGGUAAGAACCAAAGAACCAGGAUGCUGAGGAGGAAACCGACUCGUCUGGAGCUGAAGAUCGACGACACCGAAGAGUUUGAGAGUGUCAAGAAGGAGCUAGAGGCCAGGAAGCGUCAGCGGGAGGAGGCGGAGUCAGGAGGUGGUGUGGACCGGGCAUCCGUCAUCAGUGUUGACAUCAUUGGGGGCGGAGCCUCUGCGUCGGCCACAUCAGCCACAGCGUCGAGGGCAGAACUUAUCAACGAGCGAAUCGGCUACAAGCCCCACCCCAAACCAGCAACACUGCCGACCUUAUUUGGAAGUUUACAGUUUUAAUAAACAUGUGGACUGUU